AUGUCGGAGCCCAUGGCGAUGAGCUUGCUGGAAGACUGGUGCCGGGGCAUGGGACUGGACAUCCACAGGUCCCUAUUGGUUACAGGUAUUCCUGAGCACUGCAGCCAUGCAGAAAUCGAGGAGACCUUGAAUGGGGUCCUCUUGCCACUGGGCACAUACCGUGUGGCCAACAAAAUUUUUUUGCGGCAGGAGAAUGUCAAAGCUGCGCUUGUUGAGGUUAGCGAGGGUGUGAACCUGAGCUCUGUACCCCGCGAGUUCCCGGGGAAGGGUGGUGUCUGGAAAGUGGUCUGCAGAGACCCCACCCAGGAUGCUGAGUUUUUAAAAAAUCUGAACGAAUUCCUCGAUGCCGAAGGGCGUACUUGGGAGGAUGUGGUCCGUCUCUUGAGGCUUAACCAGCAUCCAUCAUUUCCGAGCCCAAACCAGCCUCCACCGAACUGGGCAGAAGCCAUGGGGCUGAUCCUGGGCGUGGUGGUACAGGUGAUCUUCUACAUGGAUGCAGAAAUCCGUAAUCGGGAGGAAGAAGCGAGGGCUGAGGAGGCCGAGCUGAUGGCCACUUGGGCAUCAACAGCGAGGAGGACGGUAAAGAAGGAACCUGGACUGGGUGUCGAGGUGGGCUCGACUUUCAAGAUGGAGGACCGAAACUACUGGAAGAAUGCAGAGGACCGUGGUGACUCUCCAAAACCUCUGUUUCGCCGAACUGGAGGUAAGAUUCGCUCCAGGAGAAGGAAGCAGAAAAAAAAUCCUAAGCAAGAACCAAUAUGCUGGAGAAAACCCCAAGGCAACAAUUACAAUAAGGCAAAUUUGGAAGGUGCAGAAGCUGCAGCUGCCCGAAACUCGGAGAUCCCGGAGUCUGCCAAGAACAACAAAAAACCCAUUGUGAAGCAAGAGGAGACAGUUUGGAAGAAGAAAAGAGUCUGGAAGGAUCCCAACGACCUUCCUCGGCGUUCACCGGCCACAGCAGAGAGCCCUGGGAAUCUGGAGGACUCAGAUCAAGAUGGUGGUUCUGAGAGCCCUCUGAAGAAGAAAGCCAUGACCUGGGCCUCAAAUAAGAUCCCUGCCCCCAUGAGGAAGAAGAAGAAGAUGGGCAUGGGCUCUCUCUCUUAUGUUCUGGUUGAUUCUGAAGCUACCAAGAAUAAGCCCGUGAUUCCCAAGAAAGGGCCUGGUUCUAGAAGGGCCAUGUUGGUUCAAAGGGCUCCUCAGGGGCCCCAACCUGCUAAUGCACCUGCUUCAGCUUCCAGUGCUCAGAAGACCAAGCCAGGAGGCUUCCCUCAUGUCUCCAAAGGUGAGUACAUAUGGACAUGA